UGGUUCCGCGUCUCUCUAGGAGUUUGUAGUCCGUCUGGGAGCCAGCCCUCCCGGUACGAACUUCAGCUACAGGGGUUGUAAACCCUAGAUCCGGAGAGCCCGGAGCCUCGCGGUGAUCUCGAAGCCUGCCAAACUCUGCGGCCCGUGAUGACCUAUAGGACACUUAGUGCACUCCUGCUGUCUACCUGGCGUGCACGUGCCCUUGCUGUUUACCCCGCUUAACGUGCCGGGCGCUGUCUACCCCUCGGGUGUACCUACUGAAUGCUCCUGGGCUGAAUACUGUGUCUCAUGUGCCCCUGCUGGGUGUCCAGCGUGGACGCAGCGCUGCGGUGUGCUCGCUGUGGAUGUGCCAGCUCUUGGGCGUGAGGCGUCUGCAGGUGUGUCAGCUGGAGGCGGGCGGAACCUCGAGCGCGCUGACUUUGCCCCUGUAGCCUCUGCUCCCAGCGGGCGGGUCGGCAGCGCCCAGAUACCCGGAGAACCCGGGCUCAGCAGCUCCUUUCUCUCCUCGACGCGAGCCGAGCUAGUAGCACCAGGCCAUGAGGAACACCAGCAAGGAGGUGCAAGGUGCCUCUCACCGCUACGCUCCCUGCGACUGGUAUUACCACCUACCUGUGAAGCGCUCUGAGAAGGCCGUGGGUGCCCCACCCGCAUCCCAGAUCCCAGGGCUCAGCGAUUUGGGAGACUCCCCAAAUGGAAACCUGCCCCGUGCUCGGAGAUACUGGAUAAAAGAAACAGACUCCGAGUAUGUGAAAUUGGCGAAGCAAGGCGGCCGACCUGAUUUGCUGAAGCACUUUGUCCCUGGGACCAGGAAGGGCUCCCCAGUAGCCUACUCCCUGCCAGACUGGUAUAUCCACCACAGCAAGCCUCCGACAAGCCACCAGCGAGAAGUCCCCGUGGUCUCCAUGCCAGAUUACAUGGUGUAUGAAGAAUUCAACCCUGAUCAGGCCAACGGGAGCUAUGAGUCCAGACGAGGCCCUUUUGACUUCGACAUGAAAACAGUUUGGCAAAGAGAGGCUGAGGAACUUGAAAAUACGAAGAGAAAGGUGAAACUGCCAGCCAUCAACUCCAAGAAUCCCAGCAAAGUGGGGACCCCGGUGGGCCAUAAAGACCCAGAAGGGAGCAGACUGUCAUUGCCUCCUAUGCCUGGUCAAAAAAACAGUUCACCCACAAACUUUUCCAAACUUAUCAGCAAUGGCUACAAGGAUGAGUGGCUGCAGCAGCAGAGAGCGGAUUCUGACGAGAAGACUCCAAAGACAUCCAGGGCAUCCAUGUCCACUCAGUCCACAAAGGACUCUGAAGGUACCCCGGACACAGAGAUGCCCCAAGAUCCAGAGGCCCCUCAAGACUCUGAGGAAGCUCCAGCUGCAGAAGGAACCCCGUCAGAAUCAACGCCAGCAGAGCUCAAAUAAUCGUGGAUAUGCUAUCUAGGGCAACCUUCUUAGUUGCUGUCUGUAGAUUGACAAUGGACAGCUAUAUUUAUAGGCUCCUGUUCUAUUUUAUUAACGUAGAGUCUUAUGGAACAACUUGCCUUGAGUAUGGUUGAGAUCACCGUAGCAAACAUGGGGUAAGUGUGGGCUUUUGUUUCUUACCUUUCUCUGGGGUGGCCUUGCUGGCCUGGUGACUGUUGGGACCAGAGUCUUCUUCCUGAAGCUGACCUCUAACAUCCCAUCUGCACCACAGUGUGGAGAGUUGCUCUAAGGCUCUGAAAGGGAGGAAACUCACAAGCUGCAGCUUUUUCCCGAAUUUGAUCCCAUAGUCUUUAUAGAAACAACUUCCAGUUACACAGAAAGGACGAAUUCCAGAGCCGGGUGACGUCAUUUGCUGUAACAACAUUUUAUUAUGCCUUGAAGUUUUAAGCAUGUCAUAUAAAACAUUGUAACAUUAGUUUAUAUUUUUUUUUUGCUAAUAGUUUGAGUGCAAAUUGAAGCCCAGAAAUACUGAACAUUUAUUAUUUUAUAUUCUUUAGGUUAAAAAAAAAUAUUUAAUCUCAGUUAGGCUAUUUUAUUAGGCUUCUAAUACAUUAAAAACAUUCUAGUAAUUGGGCUGAAUGCUCUUGUUUUAUAAAUUUUAUUGUUUAUGUGUUAGUAAUUAACAUUAAAAUAUAUUUUAUAUUUUAUUCAUUAAUAAAACAAUAAUCUUAUCAGGAAAAGUUUCUAGAAAGCCAAAUAGGGUCAGCACUUCUGUGUCAUUCCUGGAAUUAACUUAUCAUGCAUUUGCUUGGUUAAAGUUUAAAUUUCAAAUUGGUUCUUUAACUGAAAUGCUUAAUUGAGCACUUACAUCUAUCUCUAUUGCUUUAUCAGAAGGAUACUACUAUGGGAAAAUAUAUCUAAUAUGUAAAAACAUAGAUUACUAUAUGUAUUCAAUAAACAUAAUAUACCACUA